AUGUCGAGCGACGAUAAUGAACGUGGUUCGAAGGCAGCUGAGGCCGAGUCAUUGGACACUACUACAAAUCCAGAAAAUGUUACUGGCGACCCCGAGAAACAGCAAGAUAAUAAGAUUGGACACUCGAUUCUCGUGGAAUGGGAUGGUGACAGCGAUCCUCUAGACCCGCGAACUUUCUCAUCCUCGAGGAAGUGGUUCUACGUUGCUGUAGUCUCUACGGGCUCUUUAUUGGUAACCGCCACUUCGUCACUAUACGUCGCAUGCUAUGCACAGAUUAUCUCACGCUUUGGCAUCUCUCAGGAGAUUGCGAACCUUGGACUGUCACUCUACGUCCUUGGCCUAGGUUUGGGACCUCUGCUUUUCAGCCCUUUUUCCGAGUUCUACGGAAGAAGGCCAAUAUACAUAACUUCGAUUGUGUUCUUCUUGAUUUGGUUGAUCCCGUGUGCCGUCGCGCAAAACAUAGAAACGCUUCUGAUCGCACGUUUUUUCAACGGAUUAUCAGGAAGUGCAUUCCUUGCCGUCGCUGGUGGCUCUAUAGUAGACUUGUUUAUUCCUCAGCAAUUACUACUUCCCAUGACCAUCUUCACUGGCACUGCUUUCAUCGGACCAGUCGCCGGACCUCUGAUUGGUGGUUUCAUCAACUCCUUCGCUAAUUGGCGAUGGUCGUUCUAUGUCCUUCUUAUUUGGACAGGGGUCAUGCUAGCAUGUGUCCUCCUUGUGCCAGAGACAUAUCAUCCUAUCCUACUUAGCAAAAAGGCCGCCGCGCUUCGUAAAAGCACAAAAAGGCAAUAUCAUUCUGCCUCUGACAAAGCUCGCGCCUCAAAAUCUCUCUCCAAAGCUCUCGCUACGUCACUCUAUGUCCCUUUUCAACUUUUGUUCCUCGACCCUAUGGUUCUAGCUCUCAGCACCUACACCUCCCUCCUUCAAGGCAUCUUGUAUCUUUUCUUCGGAGCUUUUCCGUUAGUAUUCGUCAACAACCAUGGCUUUAAUCUCUGGCAAGUAGGUCUUACAUUCUUGGGUCUCUUGAUCGGUAACUUGGUCGCUUGUUUAUUCAAUCCUUACUGGCAUAAAAACUGGAUGGGACUCAUUGCCAAGAUGAAAGCGAAGCACGGCCCCGAAUAUAAGCCUGAGCCCGAAUUGAGAUUACCUCCUGCGAUGAUAGGAUCGGCAAUGGUCACUGUGUCGUUGUUUUGGUUUGCUUGGACGACUUAUCCUUCUGUACAUUGGAUUGUGCCAAUCAUCGCAACUAUAUUCUUCAGCAUAGGACUCUUCUUUGUUUUUCAAGGUCUUUGGACAUUCUUAAUGGCUGCCUAUCCUAAGUAUGCCGCGAGCGCUAUGGCUGUCAAUACAACUACACGCUGUCUUUUCGCAGCUGCUUUCCCAUUGUUCACAGUUCAGAUGUUUGAUGAUUUGGGCUACCAGUGGGCUUCGACCCUAAUUGCAUUUUUGACCUUAGCUAUGCUACCAUUCCCAUAUAUAUUCUUCCGGUAUGGCAAGACUCUAAGAGCAAGAAGUAAAUUUUCUUCCGGGUAG